AAAAACUUUUCUUUUUCACUACCCUUUGAAAUCACUUACAACCAGCCAUUGGGGCGAGGAUAAAAUCGCACGCGCUUACGUGUAAAAUCGCAUCACGUGUGAAAAUGAAUUCAUCGUGAAAAAUCACAUUGGGGGUGGGGGAGACGACAAUCCUGUGAAAUACAAGUAUUAUUGCGCUAAUUUUUAAAAUAUUACGUGAAACAAAUCGGGUGAAUACGAUCGUAAAAAAUCAUCACAAAUACAAAAAAUAAAAAUCUCAUGCGCUCUAUGUUAAAAACGAAAAAAAAACGUCAUUAAUCAUGAGGAAAUAUGUGAACUAUCAUGUGGUAAUAUUAAUCAUGAGGGGGGGGGGGAAAUGGAUCGUAAAAACGCACAAUAGAAUCACAUAAUGGGAGAUGUGAAAAACCAGACACGUGAUUUUCACGUGACUUUUCCGUAACAGUUUUUUUUAAUGGUAUAAAACGUGCGUACUGUAUACUGAACAAUUUUGUUUAAUGUUUUGAAAGUGUAAUUCAUUUAGGAGUCUAAAAAAGUUGCCCACUGGGUAUCAUACAGACACACACACACACACAUACAUAUCUUAACACACUAGAGGUGUGAGAUCGGGACUGGCACCCACAAGGCACAAAAAAACGAGGCCAAUAGGAGUGGUCAGAAUUCCUUCAGGAGUCGGAUUAUAAAAACUUCCUGUACAUACUGUACAUCUACAUGACACCACUCUCUGGUCCAUACACCGUUGUGUCUGGGUGAGUCUCAAUGACUCAAUGACUGUGUCUAUUCUUCACGACUCUGACCGUGGCCAAGCCUUACACGCCUCAGCCAAUAGCUGAAGACGAGAGAAAAUAUUUGACAUCACGCCCUUAUCAGCAAACGGAAGAGGACGACUCGGAGAGUCCAACAGUCGUUCAGGUGAAGGAUCACACACACACACACACACACACACCCAAGGAUAAAACUCUACCGUCACACUGCAGUUUCAGCACUAGCUUCUUGCUCAGAGAUGGAAAAUGAACCGAUUACCGUCGAGUAUAUUCCAGCGAAACAGUCUAUGUGGUGGGGAACUCUCGGGACCGUCCGGCCGUUUCUGCCGUUCGAUCCGUAUCUGGACGCGCGUCAGAUUAACACCGCGCUGAAUAAGAAAAACGCUGACGUGAUGACCGUGAUGAAGAUCCUUACUAACAGGACCAACGCGCAAAGACAGGGCAUCGCGUCGGCCUAUCAAAACCACACACAGAAGGUGGAUCUGAGUGCAACUCUGAAGAAAAGCCUGUCAGGUGCUGUGCAGGAGCUGCUUCUGGCUCUCAUGAUGACUCCAGCUCGCUUUGACGCUCAUCGCCUUCGACAGUCCAUGGAGGGGCUCGGCACGGACGAGGAAGCACUUCUGGAGGUCUUGUGCACCAGAUCACCAGACCAACUCCGAGAUAUCACUGUAGCGUACCAUGAAGCGUAUGGCCGCUAUCUGGAGAACGACUUGAUCAGUGAGACGAGUAAAGAAUUUACCAAACUGGUACUGGCCAUAUUGAAGAAGGAAGAGCUGAACACACCUGGAAAGAUUGAUUACGAGCUCAUUGAUCAAGAUGUCAAGCAACUCAGAGAUGCUGUUAUUGGAAAGAAAUCGAAUCCUGAGCCCUGGAUUCAGGUGCUCACAUCACGCAAUUCUGACCAUCUCAACAGAGUGCUCUCUAGGCUCGAGGAUCAGAAAGGCGAGACAGUGGAUAAAACCAUCCAGAACAACUUCUCAGGAGACUUGCGACUUGGUCUACGGAUUUUGGUUCAAACGAUCCAAAACACACCACACUUCUUGGCCCAGCGCUUACACACCUGCAUGAAGAAAAACGCUGUGGUUCGUGGAAUCAUGGUGGCUCGGAGUGAAGAGGACCUCCUGUGGGUGAGGGUCGAGUUCCGCAAACUGACCAAUCUCUCCCUCUACUCCACCAUCCAGAAAGAAUUCAAAGGGGAGCUGCAGCUGGCUCUUCUGGCUCUGUGUCGAUCUGAGGAUGGGUAGAAGAGCACGUGUGGAAGUGAUGCAAAGAGUGAGGCAUAUUGGAUUUAAUCGCAAUUAAACCUGUACAGAAUUCAGUUUCAAUGAUUAAAUACAUAUUCGCUACCCCGAGUUACCCCGAGUCGUCCUGUUUUAAACCAUAAUAAAGAGAAAUUUCAAUGUGGUAAAUUGUACAAAUCUAUUACUAUUAUUAUUAUUGUUAUUAUUAUUAUUAUCAAGUGACGAUUCCUUUGAGGAGACAUUUAUUUAAAAUUUAUGGAAGGAAUCUCCAGUGUUAGAGGUAAAGCUGAUAAAUAAGCCACUAUGUGUAAUGUAAUGAAAACAGGAAAUGACUUGGCAUUUACAAUUGUGGUCAUAAUUUUACAUACACCUUGCAAAAUGUUAAUAAUUUUAAAAUAAUAAGUAAAUAAGAGGGAUGAUAAAAAUAGCAUUUAAUUUUUUUUUUAUUUAGUCCUGCCCAGAAUAAGCUAUUGCAGGUAGCAGAUGUUUACAUAUAGUCCACAAGACACAGAAAUAUCUGAAUUUACACAAAUGUUUUUUAUGUUUUAUGAUAGUUCAUGUUCAUGAAUCCCUUGUUUGUCCUGAGCUGUUAAACUGCCCACUGUUCUUCAGAAAAAUCCUCCAGGUCCUGCACAUUCUUUGCUUUUCCAGCAUCUUCUGUAUCUUUUACCCCUUUCCAACAGAUGAUCUUUUCACACCGAGGGCAACUGAGGGACUCGUACACAACUAUUAUGAAAAGUGAAAACAUUCAAUGAUGCUCAAGAAGGCAACACGAUACAUUAAGAGCCAAGGGGGUGUAAACUUUUGAACAGGACGAUCGGUGUAAAUUGCUAUUACUGAUUUCGUCUAGAGUGGAUUUGAUUCAAAUCUUAAAAUUAAAACUACAAGUUAGAAAGUUUUUAACACCAUCUCUGACACCAAGGCAGCUCAAAAGUGAAUGACUUGAACCCUAACCCUUUCUGUAUCCCUUUCCUAUCCACUGAUUCAGCAUUUUCUUAUUCGUUCACAUUGUUGUCCUCUGGUUUUCCUUUCCGUUUGGGAAAAGUGCAUGCUUCCUUCCUUGUGUCCCACUACACUGCACAUGACAACAAUGAUGUCAAUGUUCUGUAUGGUAUGGGUGUAUAAAAUGAGGGAAUGCGUUAAAAUAAGAAGUGCUAGUAUCUCUGCCCAGAUCUCACCCGGAUACCAUAGAUUUGUACUUAAGAAAUGCUGCUUUAAUCAUAAAGACUGUACUGUGCUCAUCCCACGACUUAUUCACAAUGACUUAUAAUCCCACUAUCUGUUGUCACCCUAAAGAGGAUGGUUCCUGGUUCCAGGUCAAGGAUUCUUCCUCAUGUCAUCUCAGUGAGUUCUUCUUCGUCACUUGCUGCCUCUGGCUUGCUCAUUAAGGGUCUAAAUCUACAUCUGGAUUCCUGUAAAACUGCUUUGUGGCAAUUUUUAUUGUUAAAAUGUUCAGUGCAACCCGUGGAAAAACUAAACAACAUCCACACCCUUUAUUAAUUUAUCAUCAAAUAACUCCUAUACAAUAGAUUUAUCAGAAGAAAAAACAUGGGGGUGGGGGAGAUAUCAAGGUCAACUGAAUUUGUGAGCUUGUGAAAACGACAGAAGAGUAUUCCCGAAAAUAAUCUGUGGAGAAUUUAAAAUGUCCCAUUGACUAACAUGGUUAAAAUGGUAUUGCAGCCAACCACUAGAAGGCUUCAAAGACAUUUUGGCUUCACUGGGUUUUUUUUACAUCCCUGUUUCGACGUCCACUUUUAUAUACCGUCCAUGGUGCCAAAUUCACUGAAGAGCACCGCCAUCUAGUGACCGCGUGCUGCAAGUACAUUUAAUGACGAAUAUCGAAUAAUUUUCUUGAAUCUUGUUUUUUUUUAAAAACGUACCAGCGUUUUACUUCACAUAUCGAGUUCAGUGUUUUAGUUUUGACAUUAUUUCCUAAAAAAAAAAAGAAACGAAAGACUUUUAAUGACAUAAGCGUACAACGAUGUAGCGUCACUUCCGGCUUACAGGGCGGGGUAAAGCGGAAGUGGCUUUAAUAUGAGGAAGCUGAAUGCGGGCUAAUGAGUGAGCGAAGAGAGGAAAGGAGGUUGUGCGCGAGCUAGGAAAGGAAAGAAAAGGAACACCCUACAUCUUGCCUUUAGCCUCUGUUUUCUGCUGUUCUGUUUUAUUAUUUUAUAUAAAUACAACCUUUGGACAGCUCGGUGGGAUUUUCCUUC